CUGGAGGGCCGACCCAGAAACUAAAGGCCACUGGAGGCGGCUGUCACCGAAGACCCAUCGGGACGACCAGUGGGUCAGUGGGUCGCCGCCGCCGCCGCCGCCGCAGGCCUCCGCUUUCUCGCCGGAACACCCAACUCCCAGCCUCAUCUUCCGCCUUCAUCGGCGCAGACACAGGGGUCAGGCUUGGUUGGGAGGAUUGGGCGGGGAGCAGAGCAGAACGCGACAGCGGCAGCGAUGGCAACGGCGAGGAAGGGGACGGCGACGCCGCUGGCCUCCGCGUUCUCGCCGGAGGAGACGAGGAGGGCCGUGUCCCGCGUGUCCCAGGCCAUCGCCGACCGCCGCGCCGACCUCGCGCGCGUCCAGGGCUUCUUCGCCGACAACGCCGCCCUCGUCAACCUCGUCCAGCGCCUCCCCGACGAGCUCUCCCACCAAAUCAUGGUCCCCUUUGGCGGCGCCGCCUUUUUCCCGGGGAGCUUGAUCCACACCAACGAGCUCCUGGUGCUUCUAGGGGAUGGCUACUACGCGGAUAGGUCGGCGAAGCAGACGACUGAGAUACUGCACAGGAGGGGGAUGGAGCUGGAGGCUCAAAUGGAGGCCAUCAAGGCAACCAUCUCCGACCUCGAGGCCGAGGCCAAGUUCUUCGAGUCCACAGCAGCCGAGGCUUCGGAGGGUCUUGUUGAAAUAAGGGAAGAAUAUGAUGAAGAAGACACAGAAAUAGUUUCAUCAAAAACAGAGGCUUCAAGUUCUUCUGGGGGCAUAUCAGAUGAGGAACAUGCUCGGAUGAUGGCUAGGUUUGAUGAGCUUGAAAUGUUAGAAAAGGAAGCUGGAAGUAGUUCCGAAGAUGAAGGCAACGAUGACGACGACGAUGAUGAUGAAGAUGAGGAUGCUGGAUCAAGUGAGGAUGGCGAGGAAAAUGGGGACACGUUAAGUUAUGGCAAUGAGCAUGGCAAUGUUAGUUUUGGUGCCUCAGUUUCUGGAAGUUGUGGUAAUGACCAGAGUCAAGGAAAUGCCCAGCUGAAGAGUGCACUAAAGAAGCUAGGAGAAAAGAAAGCAUUGCAAGGUUCUUCUCUUGCACCAUCAGGCAGUACCUCUAUAACAAACUCUGAAAUUCAGGCUUCACUUAGAAAAGCUGUUUCUUUUAAAGAUGAGAACGGGCAAAUAGUUUGUUCAUCAAGGUACUCUUCAGGACCCAAGGUUUCUUCAUCUCGGGAUCGGAAGAUACUACCAGGUGGACAGAAGGCUUUCACGGGAUCUAUCGUUGAACACGACGACGGUCUCUCAGCGAUCGAACAACCAAGGAGUAAUGAUAGUGAGAAAGCUGCUAGCUCUGCUUCUUCUUCAAGGCCCAUGUCCAGAUUCAGGAUGCAGAAGGGAGGGCGUUGAGUAUGUCUCGUCGUCGACAAUAGGAUUACAGAGACUCACACAUGCAUGGACAACAAGUACUGUGAGAGACGCCAUGCUUCAUCAGGAUGACGCGCCGCAUUUUGGAGGGUCAAUGCGCUGGGAAUGACAAAAGGUGUUGACAUUCUGAAUGUAUGGCAAUAUCACCUCAAACUUUGAUCCCGGGUCCUUUGCCGUUGCCUGUAUGGUGGAGUGGUUUUGAUGCGUGUCUACAGUUUGUGCGCGUGAUAUGCUUGGAAAUGGGGAAAAAAUUGCGGUUAAUCGUUUGGUUAAUAUGGAGCUAAUUAAGCAUAUGUUUAGAGGUAGGGAAUGAAUCAAAUGACUCGUUUGAUUCAUUGUAAUCACAGAGCCAGGAGGGGUUUGCUUGACCAGCUAGCUAAUGUUUCUUAGACAUUGUAUUCAUGACAUGGCCAGGAGGGGUUUGCUUGAUCAGCUAGCUAAUGUUUCUUA